GCCACGGCCAUGCGCCCCUCGACAGGUGUUCACCGUCACUUCCAUACCCCUUACUACUUUUCCAUGCACAACGCCCCUUCAUACUCUCUCACCUGAGCAGCAUCAUACCUCUACUUCUAGCAAUGUCCGGCACUCAAAUCCCACCAGGCAAAACCUGGUUUGACACCCACAAAGUACACUUCGACGACGUCCCCUUGUCCGACGACGGCGGCAUUUCCACCCUCGAAUUCCUCGAUGCCUCUGAAGCCACCACCACGCUCUUCGACCUGCUGGGCUCAGUAGCCUUCACACCCGUGAAAAACGACAUGAUGGGCAACGUUACAAAACUUCGUGAUCGUUAUAAAGCGGCCCCCGAAGGUUCAACGACAGUCCAACUGCUGGUCAAGACAGAGCUUGCGUCGAAAAGUCACAAGGCCACCGAAGGGCUGGUGUGGUUGACUCGUGGUUUGGAUUUCACAGCACAGGCACUGCGGUCCGAUCUCACCACCAAUGCGUCUGUCAAAGCUGUGGAACCCAAGCCGAACAAGGAGCUCGCUGAUGGCUUUCGAGCGAGCUACAAGAACACUCUGGCCCCGCACCAUGGAUUGUUGAUCAAACCCAUUUUCAGCGCCGCCAUGGGUGCGACUCCCUACCGGAAAGACUUCUAUGUGCGAUUGGGCGGCGAAGGGACAGAUCCAGAGACCACAAGAGAGGCACUGGAGAAAUGGGUGGCGGCGUUGGAGAAGAGAGUGACCAUUUUGAAGGCCUUUUUGGCCACCAAGGAAGCAAAGUGGUAGAACCGGAAUCACUGAACGUGCUAUCGUUUGUUGGAACAAGGAAUUGGCAAAGACAUUUUCUACAGAAGCAGUACCUCAUAUAUUGGCUAGCUCGUCGAGGUGGUGCAACAGCAGCAGGGAAAGGCUAUUCGCACAAAAGCAGAGCCACAGGUUUCAUGAACAGAGGCUUUGUAGGGCCGUAGACUCGCCGAUGGGUGCUCCAUUGUUUUCUUUCCGCAAGCAUCUCUGCCCUCUGUUUCUUCCAAGCUCCCUGUGACUUAGAGAUGUUGUCUUGCCAUAGCUGCUGUGUCUCAUACGGCUUCGUACAACUCACAACCAACGAACCUAUUUCGUUCCACAUUUCCUUAGUCACUCA